AGAGCGAGGCGGGAUUGCCAGCUAGCAGCCAGCCAGCCAGGCUGAAGGCGCCGCAUUCCUCGCCUUCUCCUCCUCGUCCUCGUCCUCGAUGCUGGGCAGCAGGGAGGCAGCUGGAGCCCCGGGUGCCAGGCGGGGCCCCCCAGGCCAGGAUGGCCAGCAGAGCCCGGACCCACUCCGCAGCAGGCGGGCUGAGGAGGAUGCAUGCAUUCACGAUGUCUUGAAUGUGGAGACUGGUAGAUGAAGAGAAGUUAGUCCACAGACACCCUUCUCCCUUUGCUUUUGGUUUCCUUCUAUUUAUUUUUAGUUUAGGUUAAUGCACAGCCUUUGCUGGAUGUGACUUUUCUGCCAUGUGGCUCCUGAGGCUAAAGCGCCAUCUGUCAGUCAGCAUCUGGACCCUGCUGCUUCUGGGGAGUGCUUGGCUGCCAUUGGCAGAAUGUACGUCCAAGUCUUCCUCUCCCUUUAGGACUUUCCAGGUCACAGACUGGAGUUUGACACAUUUGGUGGUCCAUAACAAAACUGGGGAAGUGUACGUGGGUGCUGUCAACCGGAUCUAUAAGCUUGCAAACAAUCUGACACUGAUGCGCACUCAUGUGACAGGGCCAGUGGAUGACAAUGAAAAGUGUUAUCCUCCACCUAGUGUGCAGUCAUGCCCACAUGGACUAGUCAGCACUAACAAUGUCAAUAAAUUGCUACUGGUGGAUUAUUCUGGAAACCGGCUGAUAGCCUGUGGUAGUGCUUCUCAGGGCAUUUGCCAGUUCCUGCGCUUGGAUGACCUCUUCAAGUUGGGUGAGCCUCACCACCGCAAGGAGCACUACCUCUCCAGUGUCAAUGAGUCAGGAACUAUGUCAGGAGUCAUAAUUGAAGUACAGAAUGGGCAAAAUAAGCUCUUCAUUGGAACACCCAUUGAUGGCAAGUCUGAAUACUUCCCUACUUUGUCCAGCCGUAAGUUGAUGGAUAGUGAAGAAAAUGCAGAGAUGUUUGGUUUUGUUUAUCAGGAUGAGUUUGUUUCAUCUCAGCUGAAGAUACCAUCAGAUACACUUUCCAAAUUUCCCACAUUUGAUAUCUACUAUAUCUAUAGUUUCAGCAGUGAGCAGUUUGUCUACUAUCUGACCUUGCAACUGGACACCCAGCUUACCUCACCUGACUCUACUGGGGAGCAGUUCUUCACUUCCAAAGUGGUUCGCUUAUGUGUGGAUGACCCCAAAUUCUACUCUUAUGUGGAAUUUCCCAUUGGUUGUGUUCGAGAUGGGAUUGAAUACCGUCUAAUUCAGGAUGCUUACCUCAGUAAGCCUGGGAAAGCACUGGCCAGGCAACUGGGCAUCUCGGAGCAUGAGGAUAUCCUAUUCACAGUCUUUUCUCAGGGCCAGAAGAACAGAGUCAAGCCACCAAAGGAGUCUGUCCUUUGCCUCUUCACAUUGAAAAAGAUCAAAGACAAAAUCAAGGAGCGUAUCCAGUCUUGCUACCGUGGAGAGGGGAAGCUUUCUUUGCCCUGGCUUUUGAACAAGGAACUGGGUUGCAUAAACUCGCCGUUGCAAAUCGAUGACAAUUUCUGUGGACAGGAUUUUAAUCAGCCAUUGGGUGGGACAGUCACCAUUGAAGGAAUGCCACUCUUUGUGGACAAAGAAGAUGGCAUGACAUCUGUGGCUGCUUAUGAUUACCGUGGGCACACUGUGGUUUUCGCUGGCACACGUAGUGGCAGAAUAAAAAAGAUUUUGGUGGAUUCUGGCAAUCCCAUUGGACGUGCGGCGUUGCAGUAUGAAAAUGUUGUGGCCCAUGAAGGAAGCUCCAUCCUUCGGGACUUAGUACUCAGCCCUGAUCUCCAAUACCUGUAUACCAUGACGGAGAAACAGGUGACUCGUGUGCCAGUGGAGAGCUGUGAACAGUAUACAACAUGUGCUCUGUGUCUGGGUUCCAGGGAUCCUCACUGCGGCUGGUGUGUCUUACACAACAUCUGCUCACGGAAGGAUCGGUGCGAACGAGCAGAUGAGCUUCAACGCUUUGCUUCAGAUCUACGACAAUGUGUUCAGCUUACUGUUCAACCCAAGAAUAUAUCAGUCACAAUGUCAGAAGUCUCGCUGGUUCUGCAGGCCUGGAACGUCCCUGAUCUUUCGGCAGGUGUGAAUUGCUCAUUUGAAGAUUUUACAGAAUCAGAAAGUCGUAUUGAAGAUGGUAGAAUCUACUGCAGUUCUCCUUCUACAAAAGAUGUCAUCCCUAUUACUAGAGGGAGAGGAGAUAAGCGAGUAGUAAAACUCUACCUCAAAUCCAAGGAAACGGGGAAGAAGUUUGCAGCUGUGGAUUUUGUCUUUUACAACUGUAGUGUUCACCAAUCCUGCCUGUCCUGUGUGAAUGGGUCCUUCCCUUGCCACUGGUGUAAAUACCGUCACAUUUGUACUCACAAUGCAGCUGACUGUUCUUUCCAAGAAGGACGGGUCAACAUGUCAGAGGACUGUCCUCAGAUUCUUCCAUCUACCCAGAUCUAUAUCCCCGUGGGUGUGGUGAAGCCCAUCACCUUAACAGCGAAAAAUCUGCCACAGCCCCAGUCCGGACAGCGCAACUAUGAGUGCAUCUUCCAUAUCCCUGGCAGCCCCACACGUGUCACUGCCUUGCGCUUUAACAGCACGAGCAUCCAGUGCCAGAACACCUCGUAUUUCUAUGAAGGAAAUGACAUCAGUGACCUCCCAGUGAACCUUUCUGUGGUGUGGAAUGGAAACUUCAUCAUUGACAAUCCCCAGAACAUCCAAGCUCACUUAUACAAGUGCUCAGCCCUGCGUGAAAGCUGUGGACUAUGCCUCAAGGCAGAUCCACGCUUUGAGUGUGGCUGGUGUGUGUCAGAAAAGCGAUGUUCCUUGCGUCAGCACUGUCCAGCUUUUGAGAGCAGCUGGAUGCACGCUAGCAAUGGCAACAGCCGCUGUGCAGACCCCAAAAUCAUUAAGCUAUUUCCUGAAACAGGCCCCCGUCAGGGUGGUACUCGCUUAACCAUCAUCGGUGAAAACCUUGGUCUGAAGUUUGAGGAUAUACGCAGUGGUGUACGGGUUGGCAAAGUGAUAUGCAUUCCCAUUGAGAGUGAAUAUAUCAGUGCUGAGCAGAUUGUCUGUGAGAUUGGAGAAGCCAGCCCAAGCAAAAUCCAAGAUGCUCCUGUAGAGGUGUGCGUUAGAGACUGUUCACCCAGCUACAAGGCAGUAGCUCCAAAAAGCUUCACUUUUGUGACUCCCACUUUCUCGCAAGUGACACCAGCUCGUGGCCCUCUCUCUGGAGGCACCUGGAUUAGCAUAAAAGGGAAACAUCUCAAUGCAGGAAGUGACAUUGCCGUGACCAUUGGUGGCCAACAAUGUGCUUUUUCAUGGAGAAAUGCCGGCGAAAUUCGGUGCAAAACACCACCUGGCCAAAUCCCAGGGGAAUCUCCCAUCCUCAUCCAUAUAAACCGGGCUGUACUUAGCAGUCCAGAUGUGAUGUAUUACUAUACUGAAGACCCUACUGUUCAGAAGAUAGACCCUGAGUGGAGCAUCAACAGUGGCGGAACACUAUUGACUGUGACAGGCACCAAUUUGGCCACUAUUAAGGAACCCAGGAUCCGAGCCAAAUAUGGCAGUGCUGAGACAGAGAACAACUGCACUGUCCAUAAUGAUACCACCAUGAUAUGCUAUGCUCCCUGCAUUGACAAUCCAAUUCGGAGCCCUCCAGAGCUUGGUGAUCGUCCAGAUGAGAUCGGUUUUGUUAUGGAUAAUGUCCAGGCCUUGUUGAUCAUCAACAAAACCAACUUUGUCUAUUACCCAGAUCCUGUGUUUGAGCCUCUUCCUUCUGGUAUGCUGGAGCUCAAGCCAAGCUCCCCACUCAUCCUCAAGGGCCGGAACCUGCUCCCUCCAGCAUCUGGUAACUCCCGACUAAACUACACUGUGCUAAUUGGUGACACUCCCUGCACCCUUACGGUUUCUGAGACCCAGCUUCUCUGCGAGUCACCAAAUCUUACAGGACAACAUAAAGUGACGAUCAAAGCUGGAGGAUUUGAGUUCUCCCCAGGGACACUGCAGAUUUACUCAGACAACCUGUUGACCUUGCCAGCUAUCAUUGGUAUUGGUGGGGGUGGGGGUCUUCUCCUGCUUAUCAUCAUCAUUGUUCUCAUUGCAUACAAGCGGAAGUCCCGAGAUGCUGACCGCACACUCAAACGUCUCCAGCUGCAGAUGGACAACUUGGAGUCGCGUGUUGCCUUGGAGUGCAAGGAGGCAUUUGCUGAGUUGCAGACUGACAUCCAUGAAUUGACCAAUGACUUGGAUGGAGCUGGAAUUCCCUUCUUGGAUUAUCGCACCUACGCCAUGAGAGUUCUUUUCCCUGGAAUAGAAGACCAUCCUGUGUUGAAGGAAAUGGAGGUCCAGGCAAAUGUGGAGAAGUCCUUGACCCUCUUUGGGCAACUCUUGAACAAAAAACAUUUCCUCCUGACCUUCAUCCGCACCCUGGAGGCCCAACGCAGCUUCUCCAUGCGGGAUCGGGGCAAUGUGGCCUCUUUAAUCAUGACGGCUCUGCAGGGUGAGAUGGAGUACGCUACCGGAGUGCUCAAGCAGCUCCUUUCAGACCUGAUUGAAAAGAAUUUGGAAAGCAAGAACCACCCCAAGUUGCUCCUGAGACGGACGGAGUCAGUCGCUGAAAAAAUGCUGACAAACUGGUUCACAUUCCUUCUGUACAAGUUCUUAAAGGAGUGUGCAGGUGAGCCUCUUUUCAUGCUAUACUGUGCCAUCAAACAGCAAAUGGAGAAGGGACCCAUAGAUGCCAUCACUGGAGAGGCCCGAUACUCAUUAAGUGAAGAUAAACUCAUCCGUCAACAGAUUGACUACAAAAUGUUGACACUGAACUGUGUGAACCCUGAGAAUGAAAAUGCUCCUGAGAUCCCUGUGAAGGUUCUGAAUUGUGACACCAUUACACAAGUGAAGGAAAAACUUCUGGAUGCAGUGUACAAAGGAGUGCCAUACUCUCAGCGACCCAAAGCAGGAGACAUGGAUCUGGUGAGCACGAUCCCCAGUGACCCCAUGCCCUUCUCUUCCAUCGGUGCAGAGUGGCGGCAGGGCAGGAUGGCUCGGAUAAUACUGCAAGAUGAAGACGUAACCACAAAGAUCGACAAUGACUGGAAAAGGCUCAACACACUAGCCCAUUACCAGGUGUGGUUGUCCACUGAAUUUAGCCAUAGAGGUGUGGCAGAAGAAAGCAGACGACUGAGUGUUACAGAUGGUUCCUCAGUAGCACUGGUACCCAAGCAGAACUCCGCCUACAACAUUUCUAACUCGUCCACCUUCACCAAAUCACUCAGCAGAUACGAGAGUAUGCUCCGGACAGCCAGCAGCCCUGACAGUCUCCGUUCCCGGACCCCUAUGAUCACUCCUGACCUGGAGAGUGGCACCAAACUGUGGCAUCUGGUGAAGAAUCAUGAUCACAUGGACCAGCGAGAAGGCGAUCGUGGCAGCAAGAUGGUGUCAGAAAUCUACUUGACCCGCCUGCUAGCUACCAAGGGGACCUUGCAGAAGUUUGUUGAUGACUUGUUUGAGACAAUUUUCAGCACAGCACAUCGAGGGAGUGCCUUGCCUCUGGCCAUCAAAUACAUGUUUGACUUCCUGGAUGAACAAGCUGAUAAGCACCAGAUCAAUGACUACGAUGUCAGGCACACUUGGAAGAGUAAUUGUCUACCUCUGCGUUUUUGGGUGAAUGUGAUUAAGAAUCCCCAGUUUGUGUUUGAUAUUCACAAGAACAGUAUUACUGAUGCUUGCCUAUCAGUGGUGGCUCAGACGUUCAUGGACUCCUGCUCAACUUCUGAGCACAAGCUAGGGAAAGACUCUCCCUCCAAUAAACUACUGUAUGCCAAGGAUAUCCCCAACUAUAAGAGCUGGGUAGAAAGAUAUUAUGCAGAUAUUGCUAAAAUGCCAGCAAUCAGCGACCAAGACAUGAGCGCUUACCUAGCGGAGCAGUCACGGUUACACCUGAGCCAAUUCAACAGUAUGAGUGCACUGCAUGAGAUCUACUCAUACAUCACCAAGUACAAGGAUGAGAUUUUAGCUGCUUUAGAAAAGGAUGAACAGGCCCGAAGGCAACGGCUGAGGAGUAAGUUGGAGCAGGCAAUUGACACAAUGGCCCUAAGUAGCUGAAAAGGCCAAGGCAGCACUGCAGACUUCUCCAGCAGUGGAUACUGAGACAGAGAGAUUGAGAGAGAGAGCAGGCAAGCGUGUUGCAACAGCAAGAAAGCAAGCAAAGAUACAUUGGGGCUGAGCAUGAAACAGUGCAUAGACUCUGCUGCGUCUCCAAACACUUUAAACCAACAGACAGCAAAAACUUCAACCACCAUUAUCAAAAUCAAGUUGAACCUAUAUAAAGACCUUUGGAAAGGAGCAACGUAGCAAAGUACCGGAAGGACCCCAAUAGAUGCACAAGAAGGGCUGUGGAAAGGAUUCCAGCUCAAGCGCCACUCCCCCCCAAACCCGGCCCACCACCAGGGCCUAUCUCAGAUCUGGCAACAGAAGGUUGGGGACUGCACUAAGGUCUAGGACAAUGUUUUCCCAUUACAGUUUUUCUGUAGCAGGCGGGUGGGUAGGCAUAUGAUUUCCUCUCCACCCCACUCCCUUCUGUACUUGCUUCCUUUCCCGCCUUGCCUGGAGAACUCUACUCCUACUCUUCUCUUCCUUUCUCCCUCUCUGGCCUUCUGCCUCUAGUGUUAACUGCUAUAUUUGCACAAUUUCCACAAGCUAGAUUUUUUAAAAGGAUUGAAAGUAUAGGGGUGGGGGAGAGGUUCUAAAUUUUCAACAAAAACUUUGCAGGAUUUUUUUUUUAAUAAAAGAAAGGACCAUUAUUUGGUUAGGAGAGAAAUGGGGGCAAGUGGGACCAAGAAAACAGUCCCAGUAUCUUUUGUUCUUCCUACACUUUGCCCUGUGCCAUGUUGUGUCUGAAUGUUGUUUAGCACAGGCCAAAAAGACACACUUCUUUUAAAUGCUGCUUAAGAGGGCAAAGGAGAUUGAAAGAGGUGAAGGCAAAGAACUUUUCAAAGGUGGGAUCCAUAGGUGGCAAGCCCAAGAGAGAGGUCUUUCCCCGUUUAUUGUGACAAGCCUUACUUUGUGGGAAGUGCCACACUUUCUUUAAAAAGCCCCUGCUUUGUCUUUUAUAUAGAUCAGACAGGAUGAGCUUAGCAAUUCUCCAGAAGCUAUCCUUGCCCUCUACCUGUAAAUAGAUGUCCCAGCCACUUAGGUUACCUUUUCCACUUACAGGGCUUUUUGACAUAGAGGCACUUUCAAAUAAGCAAUUCUGCCAGAAACAGGCACAGUAAAUGGGGAUGAUCACUGGAACCAGUUCUCAGUAUUCCCUCUUCCAUUGUGAAGGAAAGGCUUCUUGGUAGCAGAUACAGUAGCACUUGAUAGGGUUUGGCUGCACAGGAGGCCUAAUCCCUACUCCCUGUGUUAAGUCCUUUGCUCCUCCCAUUCCCAGGAUGUGGCAGACUUUGGUUACAUGGGGCCUGCUCAGAGAUAUCAUAAGGGCAGUUUUCAUCCAAAGAGAUGAGGAACAAACAGUGAUCCAGCACAGACGUUUGGUUUAUCCCUGACAGAAACACCAUAUAGUAGAUUGUUACCCGUUUUGUUUUUUUUAUAGGUGUGUAUGUAUGUGUACAUACCCCUCUUUAGACUAUGUGAUUUAUGCAUCAUCCCAUUUGCAGCAGAUGCAGAGCAUUUCUCAAAACAAGCAGGGUAUUAAGCAAGAGGAAUUCUUAGGCAACAGAAGAACAUCCUUGUUGGCAGGAAAAUACUCUAAUUAGAAUCAAUUGUAUGACCAGUUACACCUUCUGUUUAAGUUCAGCCAGUAAGAAAAAAGGGAAGAUGGUCCAAAAAGAAGAAAGUGUGGCACUCCAGUCUCGAAAAGAGAAGAAGAAAGUGUGGCAAAACAACAGUUCAAUAGUUCACAUUUACUCAUAUUUGUGUGAAGAAGCAUCAGUUGUCUCAAGUUAAGUGUUUAGAUUAUUCUUUCCUUGUAAGAAUGUUUUAAAGGGUUUUACCAGAGAACAAAAAAUAAUUUCAGGACAGUACCAUCAUCCACUCCCAUCAGACUUUGGCACGAGGGCUAGUGGAAGAAUACCAGGGAGGUCACUGUUCCAACUUCAGUCCUGUUCUCUAUUUUCUGCUAUUUGUCCACACCAGAUACGCUUACCACUGUGCAAUUGAUUGUUGGCAGCCUUUGGAUUUUAUCUUCUUAGCAAAGACCACUGAUGCAUUACAGUGGCCCCAGUGUUAAUACUGUGAAAGAGCAGAGAGGGGCACAGAAGCAGAGCCUGGAGCUGUUAGUUACCUGCACGUUAUCCACAAUGUACCCAGGUGCCUUCAGUCCAAUUACAGGAAAAGGUUCCCUUAUUGCUCCCAUAAUAUUUUCCACAAAGUGAGAAAAUGUUUUGUGCAAAUUUCCAGCACAAUAAAUGAGUCGUUCGUGAAAAUUCUGAAAUGACCAUUUGGCAUCGAUUUAAACACUAAGGAAGAGCCAGGUCUUCCUAAAGUCAGUUUUCUAAUACUCCUCUUUUAAUUAACUCUUCACCAUUCCAUGCAGUGCUCCGUCCUUGCUUCAGCUAACAGUGCAAUUGUCUACAACAGGAAUGUGACAAUUCCUCAGUCUCACUGAGUUUCUCCAAAUCCAUUUCUGCAUUGCCAUCCACCCUUGAUUUUUACUUGCUUGUGAAACUAUGUGCUUUCUUCCCACAGUGAAUUCAUUCAUGUUUUAGUGCAUUCUUCCUUAUGUGUUCAUUUAGUUGACCAGUUUGCCUAGUUUCUGUGACUUUGUCUCUUGAACUUUUCCCAUUUCAAACUAUGUGAACUGUUUUGUCCACACUUCAUGUCUUGGAAACAGCCUGUAAGCCUCACAGAAGUGUACAUUUUCUCACAAAAAGUCUUGGGAGGUGCAAAUAUUCUGCUUUUGUCAAGAUUGUAGAGCCCAACAAAAUUUGUUUCCAUCUCUGAUUCAGAAGUAAGUUGUACUUAAGCAUGCAUAGAACUGCAGCUAAACACCCUCAGUUCAGCUCCUGUCAGUUCAUUGCUGUUAAUAAUUAUUUAAGUUUACCAGUGUCACGAAGCCACUGCCCUACUUCAACUCAGGUGAUAAGAUCCACCAAAUUUUCCACCCUCACCCACUCCCGCAUCCAGACGUUCGUAUCUCAGCCAAGAUAAUAUUGAAUGAGAGGCUACUGCAGAACGUACCGAGCCUAAACCUGUCUAUUCCCUUAGCGUGCAAAUAAGGGAAGGAGAGGAUGUAAUGAAGUUUUUAAUUAAAAUUUAAAAUAUAUGUGUGUGUGUGUAUAUAUAUAUAUGUUGUUACAAUCUAAUUCUUGUGCCCCAGUGGGGCACUGUAUAGUUAACUGAAGGAGAUCCAACCAGUAUCAAAUAUGGUUUCUACACAGUGAAAAAUACCAAGUGGGCGGGGGAAAUCAAACAUUUCUCAUCAAGCAGAACAAUCUCUUGAAGCCUAUAUACAUCUCAGAUUGCUUUGCAAUUUUGUUUUUAGCCUUUUUAAUUAUUAUUUUAAAGAGAAAGGAUAGGGAAAAAUAAAAGACAAUAAACAUAAUUU